AUGUCUUGUUGUAAAGGACCGGGCUAUGCUUCACCGUUAGAUGCAUUUAAAAAUGGCGCGAGAGAAAAACUUAUCUAUGUUGUUUGCGUGCAACCAGACUUAAAUCAACAAGAUUAUUUAGCGACUGUUGAUGUUGAUCCGGAAUCAUCCACGUAUAGCCAGGUGAUUCAUCGAACAUACACCGGGAGUGUUGGUGAUGAACUUCAUCACAGUGGUUGGAACGUAUGUUCCAGUUGUCACGACAAUCCCGAUCUCAAGAGAAAUCUUAUAAUCCUACCCGGGCUUCAUUCUUGCAAAGUAUUUGCAAUAGAUGUUGGGAGUAAUCCUAGAAAACCUGUGCUACAUAAGGUAAUUGAUGGCUCGGAAAUGAGGUCGGUUAACUGUAGUUUCCCCCAUACGGCGCAUUGCCUUGCAUCGGGGGAUAUAAUGAUUUCUACUAUGGGAGAUAAAAAUGAAAACGCUAAGGGAGAUUUCGUGCUCAUCGACGCGAAAACUUUAAAAGUUACAGGAACCUGGACAAAAGGAGAAAAGGUGGCUAAAUUCGGAUACGAUUUUUGGUACCAACCAUAUCACGACGUUAUGAUAUCUUCCGAAUGGGGUACUCCAAAAUUUUUCAAAACCGGUUUUAACCCGGACGAUGUUUCUAACUCGGAGAGAUAUGGAACUUCCCUCAAUAUUUACAAAUGGUCAACACGAGAGCUGCAGCAAGUAAUAGAUUUAGGUGCGGACGGGUGUGCGCCGCUCGAGAUCAGGUUUCUCCAUGAUCCAAAGUCCUCGGAGGGAUUUGUCGGCUGCGCCGUCGAAGCUAACGUGUACAGAUUUUAUAAGUCUUCGGAUGGAGCAUGGAAGGCUGAAAAAGUGAUUGAUAUACCGGCCAAAAUAGUUCAAACCAACGGCGUGGAAUCUAAACUGAAUGGUUUGAUAUCCGACAUUCUUUUAUCUUUGGACGACAAAUAUUUGUAUUUAUCAUGCUGGUUGCACGGUGACGUCAGGCAAUAUGAUAUAUCGAAUCCAGAGCAGCCUAAACUAACAGGUCGCAUUUCCUUGGGAGGUAAAAUUAUAAAUGAUAAUUUAAAAGUUAUCGAAGAUAAAGAAUUUCAGGAAAUACCAAAGCCGGUAAUCAUAAAAAACAAGCAGUUACUUGGGGCACCUCAGAUGCUUCAACUUUCUUUGGACGGCAAACGAUUGUACGUAUCAUCAUCUCUCUACUCCCCGUGGGACAAGCAGAUUUAUCCCAAUAUGGCUGAACAGGGUGGGUGGAUGAUUAAACUGGAUGUGGAUAUAGAAAAUGGCGGCUUAAAAUUGGAUCCCGAUUUUCUAAUAGAUUUUGGGAGUGAGCCAAAUGGGCCGGUGCUGCCCCAUGAAAUGAGAUAUCCUGGUGGAGAUUGUACAUCGGACAUAUGGGUGGCUAAAGAU